CCAUCUCUCCAGCUCCCGUCUGCAGCAGUCAGUGAAGAGAGAGGCCACACUCCAGGACCUUAGACAGACUGACCAGCCACGGCUGCUUGGCCCCAUGGCGCUCCAGGAGACCCUCUUCGUGUUCUUUGUGCUAUUGCUGACCUCAGCGGAUGCCCAAAAAGUGAUUGAGAGGAGGCUGCAGCCCUGGCUGAUGGGCCUGACAGCUGUUGUGGGCUUCCUCUUCAUCGUCUUCAUCCUCAUGCUGGCCAACCGGCUUUGGUGUUCCAAGAAGAGGAACGAUGAGGAGGAGGAGUUUGAAGAAAUCCAAUCAACUCGGACAUUCUAUGAUAACAUUCAGUUGAGGACAUCAUCUGAAUCAUCAAAGGAAGAUAAAGGACGCGUCAAUGAAGCCUUGGAAUCAGAUGAAGUGGCAACUGUCAGCAGCGAGGCUCAGAAAUAUACUUCCAUGUGAGGGAGGCCCUCCCGCCAGGGAGCCCCUGGGGCAAAUCCCCAGAUUUCUUUAUGUUUGUCUCCCAAACUCCACCUCUGGGAACCCAAGGAUGAUUCAAACUGGAAUAACAGAAUCCUGUUAUCCUUAGACCCUAUUCCUCCUCUUCUCCCUGUAUGGGAACCAUGGAGGAACUGGGGCUAUGAGUCCAUUUCUUUCCCUCCCCUCCCCAUUGAAGAUUAGCUAACAAAUAAAGGAUUAUUUAUGGAAAAUCCA